AUGGUGCUCGCUGACCUCGGCCGCAAACUCAACGCGGCGCUCUCUUCUCUCAACCGGGCAUCUGUUAUCGACGACAAGGUCCUCGAUGCACUGCUCAAGGAGGUCUGCGCGGCUCUCCUUGAAUCCGAUGUGAACGUCAAACUCGUCGCACAACUACGACAGAAAGUCAAAGCGAAAGUCAAGGCAGCUAUUGAGGGUGGUGCGGACAAGGGCAAGGAGCAGAAUCGACGGAAUGUGGUCCAGAAGGCCAUCUUCGAUGAACUCGUGGGGCUUGUCGACCCAGGCGUUGAGCCAUACAAGCCCAAGAAGGGCCAGUCCAAUGUGAUCAUGGCAGUUGGUCUACAGGGCAAUGGUAAAACGACAACAUGUACCAAGCUCGCGGUGUACUACCAGAAGCGCGGCUUCAAGUCAUGUAUUGUCUGUGCCGACACUUUCCGUGCUGGUGCCUUUGACCAGACCCGGCAGUCAGCAACCAAGGCCAAGGUCGCGUACUUCGGUUCUUAUACCGAAACGGACCCUGUCUCCAUUGCGGCGCAAGGUGUUGCGAAAUUCAAGAAGGAGCGCUUCGAUGUUAUCAUUGUCGAUACAUCCGGUAGGCAUAAGCAGGAGUCCGAGUUGUUUAAGGAGAUGGUGCAGAUUGGGGAGGCUGUCAAGCCAAAUAUGACGGUCAUGAUCCUCGAUGCCAGCAUAGGUCAGGCGGCCGAAGCCCAAGCUCAUGCCUUCAAGGAGAGUGCUAACUUUGGGGCCAUCAUUGUCACCAAAAUGGAUGGCCACGCAAAGGGUGGAGGUGCUAUAUCUGCCGUUGCUGCGACAAAAACACCAAUCAUCUUCCUUGGUGUGGGCGAGCACUUGCAUGACCUCGACAAGUUCUCCCCACAACCGUUCAUCUCCAAGCUACUCGGCAUGGGUGAUGUACAAGGCUUGGUCGAGCACAUGCAGGACAUGGCAACACAGAACCCCGACAAGCAGAAAGAGAUGGCAAAGAAGCUCGAAGAGGGCAAGCUCAGCAUCCGGGACUGGCGAGAACAGAUCCAGAACGUCAUGAACAUGGGUCCGCUCUCCAAGAUCGCCUCCAUGAUCCCCGGCCUCCCGCAAGACAUGCUCCAAGGCUCCGACGAAGAGGGCUCGCUGCGCAUGAAGCGCAUGAUCUACAUCACGGACAGUAUGACCGCCGCCGAGCUCGACUCGGAUGGCGCGCUCUUCAUGGAGUGGGCCAAGGACGGGAAGCCGACGGGCCUCACCUGGCGCGUCACGCGCGUCGCGCGCGGCAGCGGCACGAGCGUGCGCGAGGUCGAGGACCUCCUCUGCCAGUACCGGAUGAUGGCGAACAUGGCGAAGCAGGCCGGCGGCAAGAACGGCUGGCUCUCCGCCAUGCAGAAGAUGCAGGCCGCCGCGGGCGGGCGCGGGCGCGGCGCGAACGGCAUGCCCACACAAGCGCAAAUUCAGGCGAUGCAGCGCGCGAUGCCCCCGGGCAUGCUGCAGCAGAUGCAGCGCCAGAUGCGGAGCGGCGGCGGCAUGCAGGAGAUGAUGAAGGCCAUGAUGCAGGGCCAGGGCGGUGACCAAUUCGACAUGGAGGAGAUGCAGCGCAUGAUGGGGCAAAUGGGUGGUGGUGGCUUGGGCGGACUCGGUGGGCUCGGGGGUCUGGGAGGCCUCGGCGGAGGUAUGCCCAACAUGGGCGACAUGAUGAAGAUGAUGGGGGGUAUGGGUGGGAUGCCAGGAAUGGGCCGUGGCCGGUGAACGCCCCUGCCUGUAUCAUGCGUUGGAUACCUGCGUCUUGGGAUAGACAUGUACGACACUUGUAAUACUAGCAAACUUUCC